CCAUCUCCUCUCCUCCUCGCGCGCAGUGCUGACGGUGGAGACCUCAGCCAACGGCCACGACCCUAGCUAACGGCCACCGAAAUGCUCAAGACAACCACGACCGCGCGCUACCUUUUCCUCGUGGUGUUCAUUAUCAUCGGUCUGCAUUCGAUACUCAGCUUCACGCACGAAGACUAUGGCCGCGCGACGUCCUUCAAGAACAUCGCCGCGCACCUCCCGUGGGGCGAGCCCAGUCUCGACCCCGUCCCCGCGGAGUACUUCGACCACGCCUCCGACCUUCCCGCGGCGCAUCCAGGCUCUUUCAUCUCGCGGCGCGCAAAUGCGUCCAUUCUCAUGCUCGCGCGGAACAGCGACGUGAACGACGCGGUGCGGAGCGUGCGCCGGCUCGAGGACCGCUUCAACAAGAAGUUUGGGUACCCAUGGGUGUUCCUGAACGAAGAGCCGUUCUCGGACGAAUUCAAAACACGCAUCAGCAAUGUCAUCAACGGCGAGGUGUCCUUUGGCCAGAUCCCGCACGACCACUGGUAUCAGCCCGACUGGGUCGACGAGGACAAGGCGAAGGCGAGCCGCGACCAGAUGGUGGCGGACAACAUCAUCUACGGCGGGAGCGUGUCCUAUCGGAAUAUGUGCCGCUUCAACUCCGGGUUCUUCUACAGGCAUCCACUGCUGCAGCAGUACAAGUGGUACUGGCGGGUAGAGCCUGACGUGCACUUCCACUGCGAUAUCGACUUCGAUCCCUUCCUGUACAUGGAAGACCAUAACAAGACUUAUGCCUUUACGAUCACGAUGUACGAGUUCCGCGCAACUAUCCCCACGCUCUGGGAUACCGUAAAAGAUUUCACCAAGAAACACCCAGAGUAUAUCGCACCCAACAACGCAAUGGGGUACAUGUCCGAUGACGGCGGGGACUCGUAUAACCUCUGCCACUUCUGGAGCAACUUCGAGAUCGCGAGCAUGGACUUCUGGCGCGACGAGGCGUACACGAAGUUCUUCGAGCACCUCGACCGCACCGGCGGCUUCUACUACGAGCGCUGGGGCGACGCGCCGGUGCACAGCAUCGCAGUGUCCUUGUUUGCGAACAAGGACCAGAUCCACUUCUUCGACGAGAUCGGAUACGAGCACAACCCGUACAUCCACUGCCCGCGCGGCGAGGGUUCGUGGGCGCGCGGGAAGUGCGACUGCGAACCGAAGCGCAACUUUGACUACGACGGAUACUCGUGCAUGAAACAGUGGGAUCGGAUCCAAGUCUGAUCACCCCCACCACCACCAUACCGCGCGCAAAUAGACAGCGCCCUGUCUGUAUUAUUGCUACACUAUCCCUGCCACACACACCCAGUGCUCCCAUCUUCGCGCCAGCACGUCCACACUCGCAUGUAUACGUAUAUCCCUACGGACGCUCGCCUCACUCGCCAGCCUAACUCUGCGCUCGUAGCUAUUCGCAGUGGCGCCAUGUGUACUUCGCAACCCCCGCCUGUUAUAUUUGGCUAAUUUAUGACUUUCUGCUUCAC